AUGGCUUCCAAAUGCCUCAAGGCCAGCUUCUCCACGGGGUCCCUCAAGAGCCCUGGAGGGGCUGCUGGGGGUUCCACCCGCGUGGCCACCGUGUACUCCAGCAGCUCCUGCAAGCUGCCCCAUGGGCUCCACAGCUUCUCCGUGUGCCCAGCAGGGCUGGGCAGAAGCAGCUUUGGGGCUGCUGGUUGCCUCCCUGUUCCCUGCCUCCCUGUCGGAGGCUUUGCCACCAGCUACGGCAUGGCUGGGGGCUGGUUCGGGGAGGGUGUCCUUACGGGCAGCGAGAAGGAGACCAUGCAGUCCCUAAACGACCGGCUGGCCAGCUACCUGGAGAAGGUGCGGCAGCUGGAGCGGGAGAACUCGGAGCUGGAGAGGCGCAUCCGUGAGUGGUGUGAGCAGCAGGUGCCCUACAUGUGCCCGGACUACCAGUCCUACUUCCGAACCAUCGAGGAGCUGCAGAAGAAGACCCUGUGCAGUAAGGCAGAGAACGCCAGGCUGGUGGUGCAGAUCGACAAUGCCAAGCUGGCUGCAGAUGACUUCAGGACCAAGUACGAGACUGAGCUGUCCCUGCGGCAGCUGGUGGAGUCGGACAUCAAUGGCCUGCGCAGGAUCCUGGAUGACCUGACCCUGUGCAAGUCCGACCUGGAGGCGCAGGUGGAGUCACUGAAGGAGGAGCUGCUCUGCCUCAAGAAGAACCACGAGGAGGAAGUGAACUCCCUGCGCUGCCAGCUCGGUGACCGGCUCAAUGUUGAGGUAGACGCAGCCCCGCCUGUGGACCUGAACCGUGUUCUGGAUGAGAUGCGGUGCCAGUACGAGACCCUGGUGGAGAACAACCGCCGGGAGGCAGAGGACUGGUUCGACUCCCAGACUGAGGAGCUGAACCAGCAGGUGGUGUCGAGCUCGGAGCAGCUGCAGAACUGCCAGGUGGACAUCAUCGAGCUGAGACGCACGGUCAAUGCCCUGGAGAUCAAGCUGCAGGCGCAGCACAGCAUGAGAGAUGCUCUGGAGUCCACCCUGGUGGAGACCGAGGCCCGCUACGGCUCGCAGCUGUCCCAGAUGCAAGGCCUGAUCGGCAAUGUGGAGGCAAAGCUGGCGGAGAUCCGGGCUGACCUGGAGCGGCAGAACCAGGAGUACCAGGUGCUGCUGGACGUGCGGGCGCGGCUGGAGUGCGAGAUCAGCACGUACCGGGGCCUGCUGGAGAGCGAGGACUGCAAGCUCCCCUGCAACCCAUGUGGCCCUGACCACGUGCCCUCCAAGUCCUGCCUGCCCUGUCUGCCUCCGGCCUCCUGCAGUCCCGGCACCGUCCGCACCACCUGCAGCCCCCGCCCUGUUUGUGUGCCCUGCCCGGGGGGCCGCUUCUGA